AUGUUUGUCGGUGGAUUGAACUGGGAUACGACAGAUGAAUCCUUACGUCGAUAUUUCGAGCAGUUUGGGGAAGUCGAUGCUUGUACUAUUAUGCGAGAUGCAGGUGGUCGCUCCAGAGGCUUUGCCUUCCUGACAUUCAGAGAACCUGCUGCCGUGAAUGCCGUCAUGGUGAGGGAACACCACUUGGACGGCAAGAUUAUUGAUCCUAAGAGAGCUAUUCCUCGUCUUGAACACCAGAAGACGCAGAAGCUGUUUAUCGGAGGCUUAGCACCGUCCGUCACGUCCGAGUCUAUGCGAGACUUCUUCAGCCAGUUCGGUGCAGUCAUAGAUUCGACAGUAAUGGUAGAUCGCGAGUCUGGUCGUAGUAAAGGAUUUGGGUUUGUCACUUUUGAGGAUGGUCAGGGUGCGGAGAAGUUGGUUGGUCAGGGCAUCCUCUCCAUCGAUGGCAAACCGAUCGAGGUGAAGAUCGCACAGCCGCGCGGUGCAAUCAAGAAAGAUAACGAUAACUUUACUCGCGGCAGCGGUGGGUUCAAUCAAGGAGGAGGUUACAAUCGAAGUGCGCCGGCACCUGGGAACCAAAACGGUUCAACCGGCAACUUCGGCAGCAGCACAUUCGAUCCCCAAGCGAUGGCCCAGCUUUGGCAGAAGAUGAUGAUGCAGCAGCAAAUGGGAAAUAUGGGCAUGGGAGGGAUGGGCGGGAUGCCUGGGAUGGGGAUGGGUAUGGGCGGGAUGGGUAUGGGAAACAUGGGCAUGAUGGGGAAUAUGGGUAUGAUGGGCAUGGGACGUAUGAGCGGGAUUCCUGGGAUGGGCGGGAUGGGGAUGGGGCAGAUGGGUGCGGGUGCUGGUGCGGGCCGUGGGGCAGGAGCACCUGGAAUAGGUAUGGGCAUGGGUGGUGGACCAAUGGGUGCCGCUCAAGCACAAGAAGUGAUGAGCCCCACAGGCUCUGGAGGUCCUGGUCCCGCUCCAACUCAGAGCCCUGUAAAUACCGGUGCGCAAAAACUGCCUGGAACUACCGGGGGCAACAUUCCGAAUGCUCCUCGAGGACCUGCAGCGAUGCGGGCUGGUGGCCCACCGGGUGCGCAAGGCGGUGUUGGACCGAUGCGACAAGGUGGUCGGGGUCAGCACAAUUACCAUCCUUACGGGCGAUAA